AUGUCAGCCCUCGGCGAUGACUCGAAACUACACCCAGAUACGAUCCACCUCGAUACUCGUGUGGAGGAGGUCGACGCGGCGCAGAGGGAGAAAUACGCACAGGAGCAGAAAAAUGUCGGCACCUUACAACGUCGCCUGAAGUCGCGACAUGUGCAGUUCCUAGCGCUUUCCGGGGCCAUCGGGACGGGACUCUUCGUGGGCAUGGGCCAGGUGCUGUCUCUGGCCGGUCCCUUGUCCGCUGUGCUAGCCUACGCGAUCACCGGCUUCAAUCUGUACGCCGUGAUCAACAGCAUGGGCGAGAUGGCCGCUUGGCUGCCGCUGCCCGGUGCCGUGCCCGUCUAUGCCGCACGGUUUGUGGACGAGGCGCUGGGGUUCACGCUGGGCUGGAACUACUGGUAUCAGUUUGCCAUCGGGGUUCCCAUCGAGAUCAGCGCGGCUGCACUGAUCAUUGAGUACUGGCCCAACGGCGUCGCUCCCGCAGUGUGGAUCACUGUUCUGUACAUCGUGAUCUUCCUGCUCAACUGUCUGCCCGUGCGCGUUUACGGAGAACUGGAAUUCUUUCUGGGGUCCAUCAAGCUGCUCACGAUCGUGGGCCUGAUGAUUCUCAUGUUCAUCAUCACCCUCGGCGGCGGUCCCAACCACGAUCGAAUCGGGUUCCGAUACUGGAAGAACCCUGGACCCAUGCAGGAGUAUCUGAAGACUGGCGAUCUCGGGCGGUUCCUCGCAUUCUGGAAGGUCUUCAUCCAGGCAACCUUCAGUUACGGUGGAAGCGAGAUGGUUGUGGUGGCGGCGGGUGAAACACAGAACCCGCGGCGCAACAUACCCAAGGCCGUACGACGAAUCUUCUGGCGCAUUGCUAUCUUCUACGUCGGUAGUGUCUUUCUGGUUGGGCUGUGCGUCUCGUCGCGCGAUCGGCGCUUGCUGAAUGCCAUUAGCAACGGCGCUGAAGGGGCUGGCGCCAGUCCUUUCGUCAUUGCUAUCGCCAACAGCGGCAUCAAAGUGCUGCCCUCUAUCAUCAACGCCGUCAUCCUCUCGUCAGCGCUGUCUGCUGGCAACUCUUUCUUCUACGCUUCGACUCGAAUCCUCUAUUCUACCGCGCUGGACGGAAAAGCGCCGCGAAUCCUGCGCUACGAGAAGUUCGGCGUCCCGUACGCCUGCGUGGGAGUGACCGCCGCUCUCAGCCUUCUUGUCUAUCUUAACGUCUCGGCCAGUGCUGCUGAAGUCUUCUUUUGGAUCAGCAAUUUAAGUUCCGUCAGCACGCUGAUUGUCUGGGCCUCCGUGGCCAUCACCUACACGCGAUUCUACGCGGGUCUCAAGCACCACGGCAUCCCGCGGACAGACUUACCCUUCAAAACGCCCUUCCAGCCCUUCCUUGCCUACUUUGCCAUCGCUUUCUCCACCAUAGUUGCGUUCUUCAAUGGCUUCGACGCGUUCUUUCCGGGAAAGUUCAGCGCCAAGACGUUUGUGCCGCCGUACAUCGACAUUCCCAUCUUCGCAAGCUUGUUCUUAGGAUAUAAGAUUGUCAAGCGUACCAAGUUCGUCAAGGUACAGGACAUGGAUUUGUGGUCGGGCAAGGCAGAAGCUGAUCAGCUGGAGGCAUUAUGGGAGGAGCCCCGGCCACGAAACUUUCUCGAGCGAAUUUGGUUCUGGAUUGCUUGA